AUGUCAAGAUAUGGUGGUGCCGGUGGUACACAGCGACUUCCAAGAGCUGUUGGGAAGUCCCUGGCUAUGGAAAUGAUACUAACAGGAGAUCCUAUUUCAGCAGAGGAUGCACAGAAAUCAGGCCUGGUUAGUAAAGUCUUCCCCGCAGAAGAGCUCGUAAAUGAAGCUAUCAAGACAGCUUCUAAAACAUCAUCCUUGUCGAAGAUCGCUGUACAGAUCGCCAAAGAAGCUGUCAACACAGACUAUUGUGAGAGUUCCUUAGACCAAGGACUGCAUUUUGAGAAAAGAAUGUUUCACUCAACUUUUUCAACAGACCAUCGAAAGGAAGGGAUGACAGCUUUUGUAGGGAAACGAAAAGCCGAAUUCACGGACAAUUAG